AUGACGAUCGGCCGUCUUGUCGUCGGUGCGGAACAAAUGUGUUUACGUAUGUACGCGCAAGCAGUAACGGCGAAUCCGUCUUCUAAUUGGCACCGAAAAGUACGUCCGCUUGUCCGUCCAUCCCGCCAACCAACCACCCACGCUAAGUACCGCACCACCACAAGCGGCUAUCUAUAUACAACACCACCACCACUACUCUAUAUAGUGGCUAUAUCAUUACACGCCGACGACACCGUCGUCAACAGAUUAAUACGCGGCAUCGGAGCAGUAGAAAUUGCGAAACACACGAGCGCUACGAGGAUUGGUGGUUAA